UGAUAUAAAAGCUAGACCAACCUAGAAGGAACUAGGUGGCUUUAUAUUAAGAAGAAAAUAGGCACCCAAAUUCGGCUUGAGGAGCACUUGAACCUGGGUGGUCGAGGCACCCUCAACCAGCUAAGCUAGGCUCAGCUUCCUAAGCAUGUUGAUAUGUCUUGCAUUGAGAUAGUGGGUACAACUGUUACGGUGAGUUGUUAAAUGUACAAACUAGAAUCUGAUGUUUCAGGACCAUCCCUAGCUAGUACUUUGCCUGAGAUUCAAUAUGUUAUGCUCAAAUAACAUAUUAUCAAGAUUAUAUGUUAAUGCCAAAGUCCAAGUGUUUAUACAGAUGGUCUCAUCAGCAGGCUAGUUUUUCUUUUGUUUGGACUUUGGACCACGAGUCUGUGGUGCCUUUUCUUGGUUAUAAGGUUUCAGCAAUAGAGCAGAUAGAGUGGAUGUGAUUUUCUCGCUAUUCUUUACAAAUUUUAGAAGCCGCGGCUCAGGGACUCAUGGUCUGAAGGAAUCUCAGUUGCUUCUUCUCUUACAAGUGGAAAUUCCUAGUAACAUCACUCACACUCUGAUAUACAUGGCCUACGCUGCACAUACCCGCUUCACUUUACUGAGUGGCCUGCGGACAAAAAGUGUAACAACAACUGCAAGCAGUAGACUAUGGGCAAACAGAAUAUGUGGCCAGUUGUGUGAUUCAUGGAAGGAGGAAGCUGAUGCGCUCGGCGCCCCCGGCCCAGCGACUCCUCGUGCGCCGCGGGCUCAAACAAAUGGGCCAAAUGUAACGUACGCGCCGGUCGCCGGCGCCUGCUCGAGGUCUGUGAUGCCGCGUGUUCCCAUUGCACUCGAAGGUCGCUAUAAAACCACCCGCUUGCGCCGCCAAGGUUUCGCCGCCCGCGUCACACCAACAGAGCGCCGCAGGCAAUUCAAGGAAGGAAGAGCCCCGUGCUGUGUGCUGCGAAGAAGAGACGACGAUGGGGGCCGGGGCGAGCGUCGCGUCGUCGCUGGUGGCGGUCUGGGCGGCGUGGGGCGGGGCCAGUAAACCAGACGCCCCUGCUGCUGCUGCUCCUGCUUUCGACGACGCCCUCGACGCGGUCGUCAGGGCGGCUGAGGCGGUGGCGGAGUACCUGCGCGCGGUGAUGGACGCCGCGUGCUCGGCCGCCGUGGGCGCCGCCGCCUGGGCCCUGGAGAAGCUCGAGGAAGCUGCGGCGUUCGUCCUCGACAGGGUCGUCCGGCUCCUCCGUCGCCUGCGCGGCCGCAAGGAAUUCUCGCGCCGCGCCGCCGCUCGACGCGCGGGUCCCGACGUGUUCGCCGAGACCGCGUCGCGCGUCGCCAGGUCCGGGCGCUGCAUCAUGGGGCCGGCGGCUUCGUCGGCGGUCGUCGUCGUCCCUGCUGCUGCCGCCGCGGCGCCCGGAGCGCUGGCCCUGCCGGGAUCGGUGUCCGGGUCGGACGUGGCCAGGCGCGCGGCCAGAAGCGCCGCGGGGAUGAUGGGUCUCAUCCUUGAGGCCUUCCCCGCGGAGGCCCAUCUGCGUGACAGCAUUCCUGCGGCGGCCAGGUCCUCCAUCACCGUCAUAGCAGCCGCGGCGGCCGUCUGCCUCGACGUUGUCGCUUCCACCGACACAAAUGCCUAGGCUCAAUUACCUGCACCGCUGCACUGCAACAGGCCACUCCGUUGUUUUGCAGGUUUUCAGUUACGUAUUGCGCCUGCACACUGUCAGUGUGUGUU